AAAUCAUAAACAAAUAAUUUAUUUUUUAAACUUCGGAAUACGGCAUCACGGCAUUCAAUGUAAUGUAGUAUGAAUGUAGUCAAUUUAGUUAAUUUCAUCUAAUAACUGAUCAGAAAUUAAUUAAACACAUUAAUGUACUAACAUGCUAAGUGAGCGUAAUUUAAUAAAGUGGAUGAUACAUAAUAUUAAAAACUUUCCAAGUAGUAGUAUUUAAAUAAAACUAAACACAUCAAUUUGAUUCAAAAUGUUUGCUAUCAAAAAGAUUAACGUUGUUAAAUUCAAUAAUAUUUUAAGGAGCAGUAUGGUUUGUGCAAAGACUAUUCCACUGUGUCAACAGAAACGACUGAAAAGUGAUUUAUAUGAACCCGAUUAUCUUAUUAGUAUGCAGCCUGAUGAGCCUGUAUAUGAUUGUUUGAAUUUACAAUUGAAGGGAUACGAUUUCACAGUGUUGGAAUCUUGCCAAAAAGAAAUACACAGAUAUGCUGAAAUUAUGGGCAUACAGGUUGAAGAAUGUUGGGCAACACCAGCGCAGCAGUUAAAAGUUCUGAGGUUCAAGCCUGCAAGCACUGCAGUAGAGUCUGAGUAUCAUCUUAAUGUAUAUGAAAGAAAUGUUCAGGUGACGGAUGUUCCUGCUUGGGCACUCGGCACUUUGCUGCGAGUCUCGCGCGCUCUGCUCCCAGAGGGAUGUACUCUCAAUGUGCACGAGCACUCGCCAGAACACGAAGAAAUCCGGUACGUGCCAGACAAUGAAUUGAUUGAGUUGAAACAACAGUUAGACGGCAUGGAAGAUGCUCGCGCGGAAAAAAAGAAGAAAAAAUAGUUGUUUAUGUGUGUGUGGUAUUGUUCAAAUUAGGAAAUAUGGCUAGGUAUAGGCAUACCGUUUGAUUGAAAUGAUUCCGGAACUAGUUGCGCGGUGCGGAAGGGGUGACGGGGAUUAUGAUAUCAAAUAAAUAAAAAACUAUAAAGACACGAAUUUCUGUUCAAAUUCUGUUAUAAUAUACUUUCGUGCUUUUAUCUUUUGCUUAUAAAUGUAAAUAAGUAGUUUUUUUUGCUGUAAAACAUUUCUCAAACAUACCUAUGUACAAUAUUUUUUGCGUACGCGAUUUCACACAUUGGAAAUCGCAUGAUACUAGGUGAAGUAGGAAGUAUUUCAGUCACAUGUACACUGGUGAGUCCCUUCCGCACCGCGCAGUUAUUUUGAGAACCAUCUCAAUCAAACGGUAAGUCUUAAAUAAAUAAAUAAAAUAAAAC